ACAGACCCCAGGCGCGUGGCGUGGAGUAACAUUGGACAUUUCCUCUCUCUUCUCUCGGAGGAUGAUUACUUAUGUCGAGGAAAUGCUUUAUGGGAAGCAACAGUUCAAUGGGUGUGGCAGAUUCACGGCACCGUCGGCCAAGAAGAUUCUGGUAAAGCCGGUUUGAGUCUAGCUGAAAAGGGCUUCUCAGAGCUGUUUGAGCACCUCAGGGCAUGCGUGGAGGUAUUUCUUAACGAUGGUUCACUAGAGUUAUCAACCGGUGACCCAGAAGUGGAAUCUGUUGUAAGGUUAGUCGUCAUCGCAUGCGAUUCUUCUCUCAAAUUUUCAAAGAACUCAGAGAGUAGGCAGCUCACAGAGGGCUUAUUUCGACAAACUGUGGAGGUUCUUCAACAUGCUGCAGGACAUGUCUACGCCUCAGAAGGUAGAACAGAGAGAGCCGCCAGGAUUCUUUCGGGCGUCUUACGCCACAUGAAUAGCACGACGGCCUCUCAAGGAAACUCGAAUGAAAAAUCAGAUGGCAUCGCCACAGCAACGCAGAGCAUCGAUAACAGCAUGGGAAUCAUGGAAGAGCUGUUGAAGACCAGUGGCGCAGACAUUCUUGAGCUACUUUUGAGGAAGCUCAGCACUACGCCUUCGACCUUCUCUCCAGUGGACAGAAGCUCUGCUUUCCUUGACCUCGCUGGAGAGCUGUUCAUGUUUAUGGCCGUUACUGUGAACUCCGUUCAUGGUUUGGAGGUGUAUUUCCAGUUUAUUGAAAAUCUCGUACAAAGAAGCCGUACAGUAGUCCUGGACAAGCAGUCAGACAGACAGAAGUUGACUCUGAGCGACUGGCGUUCUUUUGUGUUGGCCAUGAAGUGUCUCGCCUGGUGUUCCACAGCUUUAAGAGCCAAACCAAACCUUCACACCAUCCACCUUGUGCAGGCUCUGUCACAAACGGUGGCCGAAUUUGAUCUGAGUUCCGAGUUCCCAAAACCCAGGUUUCUGUAUCAAGGCGAGGCUCGUGAAGAUACUUCAGCAGAGACAAGCAUGUUAGUGAAGAAAGGUUGGGGAAGACUGGUUUCUGACUUCAUCGAAGCUCAGUGGCGAUGUGUCGAAUUUCUGCUUGAGCACGAGUACUCCGAUAGUGGGGGCAGACAGCAGAGAGACAAAUUGGAGCCCUUUUUGGCAACCCUCCCUGACGCGGCUCUCGAAGCUCUCUCUUUGGGUUCUGGCCUUUCGGUGGUACCUGUAAUUAGAUGUGUGCGCCUGUUAACCCCACGAAUGUUGCUGACAGAUGACGUGCUGUGCUCACAGGCUCUUGAAUCUGUGUGGUGGACAUUUCAAGACCGGCAAAAGGGCGAUCAUAUCUGGUUCUGGGGAACUUUGAGAGAGAUGACAAAAGUGCUUUUUAAUCCUUGUCUUCUGGUUCUGCCCGAGGAACACCCCAUGACUGCAAUAGUGCGCAAGUACUGGGGCGAGUUGUUGACUCUGGGAGAAGAUCGUCCAGGAAUUGUGAAUCACGUGAUUGGACCGUGCUGUGAAUUUUGGGCGAACUGCCAAAAUAGUGAUCCAAAUCCAGCUCAUGAAGUCAGCGAAGAAGAUCGUAAACGAAGCUUAGAAGUUCACUUAGAUUUCCUGACCGAAGCUUGCGUUUUUGGCCCCAGAGUAAAGAAGACAAUACGUGUUACGUAUUAUGUGCUUGAGUAUAUUCGUAUGCUUGGCGAGAAACGCGAGAUUAACCCCUUGUACAUGGACGAACUGCGCGAUUACACGCGUGUGCGAGUGAACGCGAUUAACAUGCUACUGACGUUAAAUCCAGAAAACGAGCGUGACGCGAGACUUAUGAAACGUGUCGUCCGCGUAUUCAUCACUAAACUUGACGAGCUGACAGAAGAAAAACCGCGUUCGUCUAUCAACUCGUAUUCGCACAGAAGAAAGCAUCGAGUGUGGCAAGCGAUCCUCGUGGCGCUCUCUCAGUUGUUCAAGGCUGACACCGAAGUGAUGUUUGCGGGUGAAGUCUUGGAAGAGACCUUUCGCGCCAGUGUUAGUGAAAAUCAAGUGUCGGUCAGGAACUUCCUCCAGUGGGCAAUGGUGCUCAUUUUAGGAAGGUAUCCAAGCCUGGAGCCGUUACUAUGGCAACAGCUCAUUUACGACCCAGACAGGCGCGCUGGUAGCGUGUUGUCACUCAUCACAGUCGCUGCGCUAGUCGGAGAGUUCUCGUUCUCGGAUCCUCAUUCCCAGGCUGCCUACUUCCAGCAGGCUUUUCCCGUCAUCCUUCCCUGGGUGUUGACCCCGCAUGUUACGGUAGGCUAUGUGUGAUAAGUUGUUGUUUAAAUGUUGAUUAACAACUGCAUCAAGCUGUAUGGAAGAUGGGUGCACAGGAUGUCUGGGGGCUCCUGGACAGUGAAACACUCCCAUGCCUUAGCCAUGAGCCCCCACAUGCAGUCAUCCAGGCCCCCAUCACACUGAAAUAACAGUGGAAAAGGGGAGUGGGGGUAGAAAAAUCGAGAACAAAAUAACCCGAAGCUCCACGGAAAUCCUCCACGUUCGAACACGCUACUACAAUGCAGUACUCUGCACCUGCGCGAACGUCCAAGGACUGCUGACCUCCUGCGAAUGCUAGCUUCCCUUCUUUUUAACUUAGAUGAAUUUUGCAUUUAACUGCAUUCAAUAGGAGUGACGCAGAAAACGCGUUGGCCUAAAAGUAAUGGUGAGGGUGCUGGACUCUGAAUCACGCGGUCCGAGUUCAAGGCCUGUGCGCGAUCAUUGCUUUGUUUUCCUGAGGAAAACACUUUAUUCUCACAAUGCCUUUUUCCACCAAGGCGUAUUAAUGAGAACAAGUCAAUUUUGUUGUUGGGGACAACACUGAGAUAGAUGAGCAUGUCAUCCAGGGGGUGGAAAUACAGUGGUAAAAUCUCGAGCGGAAUUUGGCCUUUUGACGUGAUGCCGAUUUUACCAGUAGGAGUGACGGGAGGGGGUGUGCUAGUAAUAUAUCAAACAAGACAGACCGUUCUUGACCACAUCUCCAAACUCACAAGUGCGACGUGUAGCGGAGUAUUUUCGAUGAACCUCGAGGU